AUGUUACUUACCCUCGCUAGGCUGAAAGGGAGGAGGAAGAGGUGGUACAUCUUCGACGAAACCAGCUGCUGUCUCUACUCGUUCAAGAAUGAGCUCGAUGCCGGAGCAGGCAAGCAACCCACCUCGACCAUAGACCUCCGCAAUGCGGCCAUCUCUUUUCUAGUGGACGAGGAAAACGGCUUUGUCAUCUAUUCUGAUUGCAAGGAGUACGUGUUCAUUGCUGAUAGCCAUGAGUCCAUGAUGAUGUGGGUGAUGGCCCUCCAAGUAUGGCAGACGACGACGCUGUCCACUAUUUCCCAUUCGUCGGCCAUGGAAGAAGAGGAGGACGUCACCAAGGGGGCCUCCGCCACGACGGGCAGGCUGGCACGGCCGCCCCUCGCCUCCACUUCGUCGUCCGAGGGGGUCUCCUCGGCCCUGGGCACGACGAGUCUUCGAGGGUCCCAGGCAGAGCGAACGUCCGGGGUCAGGGCUGCACGCAGCAGAGACGGUGGCAGCAACAACUCCGGACGUACUCACCACCGGAGGGUGCCGCUGAGGAGAGUGAGUCACCAGAGUAGCGCAGGAGUCACAUCUGGUUGCGAGUCGGACUCUGACAAUGCCGAGAGAGGCGGGACCCAGCGUGACUGUGGAGGGUUCUCAGCCGCCAUGCGAGAGCGCAUCCGCUACCUCCGCUCCGUGGCCAACCCUGAUUCAGCCAGAGAUGCUGUGAGGCAAGAACGAACAGGAUCGUUGUCUGGAAAUUCUGUAUCUAGCGACUCAGCCAUUGGUCAUGGGGACUCGGCGCUCUCGCUUCGCCUUCACGAACUGGAAACUGAGCUUAUGGCAACUAAAUGUGAGCUUGCCAAGGCAUUCAACCGGGAAACAGUUCAGAAGAAUGCCCUCAUAGAGCAGGAAGGUCUAGUCUCAGAACUGCAUCAGCAAAUCCGCUGCCUGGAGACUUCAUCUGAGGAUCCAAAGUAUGAGCAACUUGGUCACGGCUGCAGUGUGCAGAGGCUAAACGAAAAGUGCUGCAUGUUGGAGAACCACAACCGCUUCCUCAAUGAAGAAGUCCUGAAGCUGUCCAAGCGCCUUCAGCAACAGCAGUGCCACAGCGUCACUUAUCAAAACUGCCUGCACGACCAGGAAAGGGAGAUUGACCAGCUCAAAAGGGACUACGUGUUUCUGAUGCAGUCGGCCAUCAGGAUACGCUCCAUGGAAGGGCCGGAAAUCAUGGAGGUCUAUCUGUAUGGUGGCGAAAAACACGCCGCUCGUGUUGUUCAGUUGCUCCGAGAGGCCCGGAUGAGCAAUCCCAGCCUUCCCCUUUACGACAGCCACAACAAAGUUCUGCAGCACACGGAUACCCUGGGCUUCAAGCACAACUACACGGAAGAGAGUCUGGCCCUGCACUACAUCUGUCGGCAGCUUUACCUGCAUUACAGGGACCAGCUGCCAUCCUCGUCCGAGCACCUCCGCCACUGGAGGCAGUACCUGUUCAUGAACGGCGAUCAGCUUGUCAGCUCGAAAGAGCUGAAGAUGCUUGUCCGUCAAGGCAUCCCGGCACCGUGCAGACGCCAGGUCUGGAGGGCCCUCUCCCGCUGUCGGGUGGCAGACAUCAUUGAGGACAAAGGGAGGAACUACUACAGGAACCUGUGCUGCAGGGCGCCUGAGUCAGAGGUGGUCUCCCAAAACAAGCGACAGAUCUCUCUCGACUUGCUGCGAACGUUGCCACAAAAUGUCCGCUUCAGCAGCCCCGAAGCAGAUGGGAUUAGGAAGCUGCAAGAGGUCCUGCAGGCCUUCUGCUUACACAACCCAGGUCUGGGCUACUGCCAGGGGAUGAACUUCUUGGUUGGAAUGUGCCUGCUCUUCAUGGAACCUGAAGAUGCCUUCUGGUGCCUGGUGGCCAUCACGGAGCGCUACUUCACGCCCAACUAUUUCGACCACAGCCUGGUGGGAGCGCAGGCCGACCAGGAAGUGCUCAAGAGCAUGCUGCGGGAUAAGCUCCCGCGCCUGCAGCGCCACUUGUCUCAGCUGGACAUCGAGCUGUGCACCGUCACCCUCAACUGGUUCCUGGCCAUCUUCUUCGACUCCGUCCCCUUUGAGGCAAGUGGUCCCUGA